GUAUGAUUUACUCGAUAGAAACAUACAAUUUAUACAGAACAUGGAAGAGACUGUUACUGUGUUUUGUUACGGUAUGGUUGAGAUUCUGCGGAAGGUCAGAGCGCGCAUGUUAACUACCGCGUUAUGUUUCCAAAGUUUAUGAAAUGGCCUACAGCCAGUCUAGUAAGUUCCAUAAAACUAAAUAAGUUACCGCACGCAUAAAUUCCUAUUUAGGUUACUGGUUACUCCGCAGCAGUAUCAAAGUGCUAAACCACCUCAUAAUAAUUUCGUUUUAAAUCACAUUACUGUCUGAUAUUCUUCCGUCUCUUUUCGCAAAAAUACCUUUUCAAACAAUUAAGUACAUCUGAUUUUGACAGAAGCUACCAUAGUAUAUCGAAUGAAUGAGGUUUGGUUCCGUAUUUGCCCCUAUAUCGCUUGUUUGGAUAUGGAAUGUAAGAUUCAUUUAGACACUUUUAAAAGGAAAGAGAUAUAAUAGCAUUGUCAUAAUCCUUUCAUACGACGCAUUAUACAUAUAUAUAUAUUGGAAGAGUCAAAAGCUGAAUUUAUUCAUGGGCUUUUGAAUUUGUAUUACUGAUUUCUUUGGCAACUCUUAAUGUCCAAAAGUGGUGAGCUUAUGCAUUCUCAUUUCUAAUCAACUUGGUUGUUACAUAACUGUCGUGGGUAUAACGUAUUUGUAACUAUUAAUUUUUUCAUGCAUUUAUUUACCAUGCUUCCUGUUCAUUUCGCUGAGGCCCCAAGUGUUGCCAAUGAUUUUCCUACUGGUUCAAUGUCCAUUAUGUGAUGCUGACUGCACAAUAGACUACGUCCACGUUUAGUAUACAAGAUGGAGUUUUUUCUCUAGAUAACUAGUCUGUCUUCAUAUAUUUAGACCUAAACUAUUGCUAAUCAAUGUGAAUGUGGUGCACUUGUCUUUUUACUGUAAGUGAUGAAUGACUGUCUUAUGCAUAUUUUAUGAUUGAAUUUAUCCCAGGAAUUCCUCGACGUCGUCGCGCGAAUUCAGCCGAACCUAGAAGCAAUUACUUCGUGAAAAAGUUUUCUAAAUUGGUUCUAAAUGGAAAUAACACUGAAAAUAUUGCCCAUCCUAAAGAAUCAAACGUAAACCGGAAAUCAAUUUUACAACAGCCAAAGUUUUCAAAUCCUUUUGCUCGUUUUACUUCAUUCAGUAGGAGGAAAAAGGAUGCUCAAGUCAAAGUCCCGCCACUGGACUUUACACAGUCGUAUACUGAAUUGAUUUUGGAACUUGCUUAUACGUCCAAUUUGACACGCCAAGUUAUAAGACCGUUUAAUCGAGAACAUUUAGUUAAUCAACUAACUGAAUGUGCCCGCUUAAUUCGUGGACGCAUUGCAUCUGGCGCUGCAUGUAUUCAGUUCCCUUCGUCAACUGAUGCUGAAAAUAAUAGUCAACGUGUGCUUGAUAACCGGAUCAUUAUGGAAAGAAUUAAUCAGUUCAACGAAGCACAUGCAAUGUUCACUGACUGGAUUAAUAAACUAUCUUCAGCGAAAUUUGUAAAUGAUAUAUUUGGUCCAACUGUUAUUUAUCCUUCCGGUGAAGAUAAUCACACCUGUGAACAUGUUAUACUUUCUGAAUCAACUUAUUCUAUACAGGACAAAGAUUUAUUACAAGACUUGCAGAAUGAUGGUGAACUAUUAUUUUGUCAACUUCAAUCGGCUGCUCUGACUGUAUUUGAACUGCUGAAAAAUGUUGGAUACACCACUCUUGUCGAACCAUCAUGUAUGGAGGCUUCAUUAUACGAAUGUCGCUAUUCACAGAAAGAAUCAGAUUCCACCAAUUGCAAUAAAAACGGCUGUUACAGACAAAUUACUGAUACAGAAGUACUCAAUAAUCAUUCUCAUUGUGAUUCUAAUGUAAAUGCAUCCUCAGUGAAAAAAUCUAGUAUACUGACUGAAGAAGAUCGUGAACUUCUAGCUAAACUUUGGCGCUAUUUAGAUCCUACUAAUAAUGUGUUUGGUAGUAAUUCACCACCUCCUAAACCUCCACUUCCUAAUUCAUGUCCAUUAAACAUUGCAUUCUUUGAUCGGCGUACAGAAUUGACCACCAGUUCAAUAAAUCCCUCCACUUCUCCACUGAGUCUCAAUCCAUUUGAUGAUCCAAAUUUGGUAGCUUAUCUUUAUAAAAUCUCUUGUACUGCUCAGCACAAAUAUCCCUCGGAUUUCAAUUCCAUUAAAGGAAAUCUAGUCUCAUUGGAAAAAUCUUCAUCACCUACCUCUGGCAAGUUGAAUUUAAAUGCAACUGAUCAUCUGAAUUUCCCGUUAGUCGAUGAAUCAGAUCCCAGUGAUAUAGAAUCAAGCAUUAAUCGUCGUAAUAACUCAGUUGAAAUCAACAGUUCCCCUAAAAAACAAUCACCUCGUUCCAAGCUCAAGAAGAUAUCUUUUCUGCUAACGGAAGAUUCUUCACCUUCUGCUGCUGAUUCGAAACUCAAGUUGGAUAAUGGACAAGACAGAAAAGUUGAUGUAGAUAAUAGAAAGUCAGUAAAUUUCACAAAGUUGAAUCAAACUGGCAGUGAUAAUAAGAGCUUAUUUCAACCUAGUUCUAUUCGGAAAAUUCCUUUUCACUCAAAAAAGUGUAAAUAUUGGUCUAAACAUAUGUCAUCUACGGAUUCUAAUAGUAAUAAUAAUAAUAAUCCUCUCAGUGAUAGUUCAAUGCAAGAACAAAUAGCAAAAAUGGCAAUGCAUUUACAAGACAACGAUUCACAUUCACAACAACUCGGCAACUCUUUCAUUGCAUCUGGAUCAAGUGGAAAUACCACUGGUAAUGUAAUGACAAUGUUAACACCUACUGGUACAAGUGAUACCACUAUGACUGAUACUAAUUAUUCAGUUACAAAUAGAUUUGGUUGUAACAAAAUUAAUGAUGAUGGUGAUAAUAAUGAUCAAUUACCUGUUUGUCAGUCAGAGGUGAAAUCUGAUACAGAAGAUGUAUAUGAAUUGAUUGAAUCUAAUGGGAAAAAGUAUCGACGUUAUUUUCAACGACAUGUUGUUAUUGAACGACACAAAGUUAGAGAAGUUAUACUAGCACCUUCACUCCCAGAUGGCACAGGACCUGAUAUGAGCCGCGUUAUUAUCAAUCGCUCCGAUCAAGUAGAUAAUAAGCCUACUGAUGUGUAUGACAGUAUAGAAUAUACAAAUGAACUCAAUCCAUCAGUGGACGCAUUAUCUUUGAGUACAUCUAGUAGUUCUCCUUCUGUAUGUCGCAAAGCAUCGAAUUGUACUGCUCCUCAACAACAUCAAGAAUAUUUAGAUGAUUCAAGUGGGUAUGCGAUCGAAACGAAUGAAAACUCAGACUAUACCACUUCAGAAGAAAUGAAAUUAGCUACCAUUGAUCCUGAACCACCGAAACCACCCUUACUAAAUGAAAAACCAUUGAUUAACUAUAUGUUUCGAUUUGGAUCAACCAAUUAUGAUAAUCCUGAUGAUGAAAGACGUUUAUCUAAUCAAUUAAUUGAUUUUUUUCGUGAUCACUGGUUAAAAGAAGAGUCAGCAAAAGGUCCACAUGAACGCAAAAAGGUUAUUUCUUAUAUUCAACGGUAUACACAACCAACUACUUCUGGUGAUCUUAUCCAUAAAGCUACGUGUAUUCAGCAUACAUGCACAGUUCGAAUAGUUGGAGGUAUUGAAGGUCUCAAAGCUCAGGCUGAUCAUAAUGCUGGAAUGAAACUGUCUGAUGAUGAAGUAUCGGAUAUAGCAUCCUGUAGUUCACUCACGUCACCGUCUAACGAAGAUAAAACAUCUCUACUUGAAGAGACAGAAGUGCCACAACAACAAGUCAAAUUAUCUCUUGAUCUAUCUCCAUAUGAUGAUCGUGAGUCGAAAAUCACUAUUGUUAGUCAAGAGCCGGACGAUGAAGAUGAUAUCUCACCACAACAGUUAGAAAAAGAGAUCUAUUUACCUCCACCUGUUAUUGAAACUACUCAUCGGGUACCUAUUCUUAGUCUUGUCGAAGCGAACGAAUACUUGGUGUGGGGUGACCGAAAUUUAGUAAAUGAUAUCUCUGUACACGCUGGAUGUGCUGAUGCUUUGACUGUAUAUAUGACGUCUUAUGGGCGUAUGUUACCAUCGUAUUAUUUAUUCUUUGAGACAUUUCUUUUUAUGUAUCGGUCAUUUAUGACAUCUGAGGAAUUAGUGGACCGUUUGAUCACACGAUAUCAAUACUUCAGUAAACCACCUAGUCAUUUCCCUCAUUUACUAAAUUUAAGUCCAGAUAUAAGAUCGAAAGUGUGCAAUUCUACAGUAUCAAUAUUGGUCACUGUGGUUUCACGACUGAAAGGAGAAUUGAAUGAUGCAUUACUUAAAAUCCUUGAAAAUUUUGUAAAAACUCUUUCACAAGAUGGAUAUGAUUCAUUAAGUCGGAUAUUACAAAUUACAGUUCGUCGACAGACGCAAGAAAAAUAUCAGCUUCAUUCCAGUGCAAAUUCAAAUAACGUCAAUAAUAGUGUUCUGAGAUCUAACUCACCUGCUACGCAUAUUCGUGUUCCAUCAUUAGGUGAUAUUACACCACUUGAAUCCAAUCAUAAUUAUCUUGAAUAUGAUAAAGAUGCUGGCUUCAUUACCUUUCCAAAGACCAAACCGAGACAUUCUCAACCCCUUGAAAGCUUUGCUCGGUAUUCUCUGGUUGAAUCCACUGGAAAUGAUCAUUCCAAUUCUGUAGUUGCACCUGCGCUUACUUACAAAAGAUUAUUACAGAACUCAUUGAAAAAUGGUCAAGGAAUUUUGAAUUUUUCAGCUAAAGCCUUAGCUGAACAAUUCACCUAUUUGGAGUGCGUAAACUAUUAUAAAAUUGAGGUUACAGAGCUACUUGAUAUUACCAAAUUAGAACGGGGUAAAGCACCUGGUGUAGCUGCCUGUGCACGUCAUUUCACAGCUGUGUCAAACUGGGCCACCUAUCAAAUUUUAUGUCUGUCCAAUACAUCAGAUCGCGAUAAAGUUGCAAAUCGUUUAAUGGAUGUUAUGGAACAUUUGUACAAACUUCAGAACUUCAGUACUUACUUAUCCCUACUUUGUGCAUUUCUCCUCAUACCAGAUGUCUUAUUCUCCAAGAAAACGCGAAGUCGUCUCAGUCGCAUUACGCCAUACAUGCAACCUCCUUAUUUUUCAAAAUAUCGUCAUGAUCUAGAAGCAGCUAAUCCUCCUUUCAUCCCUUAUCUUGGUUUAAUGCUUCAAAAUUUAGUCGUUUUAGCUCAAGGUAAUCCACUGUAUUAUAAAACUCCUCCUGUCCAACUGUCCGAUAGAUAUCAAUCAUGUCAUGGGCCAAUAAUAAAUUUUUGGAGAUGUUGGAAACAUUUUCUUAUCAUACAUUUUUUUGUAAAACAAGAGAAAAUGGAUCCAGAAAAGUCCCGUUAUUCAUUCCGUCCUGAUGAAGACAUUUUACGGUUUUUCAGUAAUUUUGAAAAUUCUCUACCUGAAGCAGAAUUACGUCGAUUAGCUAAUCGUCUCCGCCGAAGUGUUACAUAAUAUCGCCUAAUUUGUUCUUCUGUACAAAAUGCAAGAAUAUGUAUUUAUUUAUUGAUUUAUUUGUACUUUCUCACUUUAUCUUCUGUAUACAUUAUCAAAGAAUAUUUAAUGUAUAUGAGUAUAUACUUGAGAAAAAUAGAUUAGCACACCUCUUCGUCUUUCUAUCUUUAUUUAUUUCCUUUUAUUCCUCUUUCAUCACUCCGCCUCGAAUUCAUGACACUGUUGUUUUUAAGUUUUGAUCGUUUGGAUGUAAAUUAAAGUAAGUUAAUUGUGUAAACUCUUCAUUGUAUAGUGAUGAUAAUAAUAAUAAUACAGUUCCACUGCUUAACAGUAUUAUUAUUAUUGAUCCAGCUCCAGAAAAAUUGUCUGUGCAUACUUGUGUUACAAAAAUCUACAAGGACUUUCAUCCCUGUUGUCCUUCUCAUCACAUAUGUGUAAAGAUUUUCUUUUUUUACCCCUAUUAUUAUAAAAUACUUCUUUACAUGUAUGUCGAAUGCUUACUGACAAUAUCAGUAUGACUUUUUUUACUUAUCUGUUUAUGCAAUUUUAAAAGAAAAGUGUGUUUCUAAUGCUUAGAAUGUAAAUUUGUUUUCCGAUUUAUCAUAAAAAGUAUUUUCUUCUUGUUCUUGUUCUUCUAUUCUUUUUUUGGUGUUUUAUUCAGAGACAUACAAUACAUACAUACAUGCAUACCAAAAUGUGAUAAGAUGGGGAGCAUCUCUGUGUAUAACACAAUCGUAUUAGUUAAUUAUAUCAUUUUAUUUUUGAGAUAUUAAUUCUUUUCUCUGAUUUCCGUUUGUUUGAUAACUUUAUAUCACCCCCUCCCGCUUCUAUCCUUAUAUUUAUACAUAUCAGGAAUAUAAAUAAAGUCUUACAUUUUGAUAAGUGGAAGAUUGUUCAUCAAUGACUUGUUUCUCCAUUCUUUCAGAUCUCUCUCUCUCUCUCUCUCUCUCUCUCUCUCUCU